AUGCAUCACUGUGUCAUCCUCUGUGGACUUUUUCAUCUGUCAGCUGUGAUCCAGUCAGCUACAAUCAAGCAGGACACAGGGGUGAAAUUUGCUGCUGUUGGGGAAAGAGUGACUUUACAUUGCUAUUAUGAAAGCCAAGUGGCGAUGCACUUCUCCUGGUACCGACAAGUCUUAGGAAGCAGACCUGAGCUCCUGUCUACAAUUUACAAAUAUGAUAAACCAUCUAAAGUCCUCCACACAUUGCAGAAGAACCCCCGUUUCUCUGUGGAAAUAAAGGAAGGGACGAAUCAUCUACAAAUCUCUGAUGCUCACUUCUCAGAUUCAGCUACAUACUACUGUGGGAGCUCACACUCCAACAUGGUGGAAUUUGGAGAAGGAAUCUUUCUGAGUGUUAAAGGAGCUAAUCACCAGAGAAUUGUCCAGGGACCAGCAUCAGAGACCAUCCAGGCAGGCGGCUCCGUGACUUUCAACUGCACAAUACACACUGGGGCCUGUGAAGAAGAACAUAACGUCUACUGGUUUAGACACGGAUCUCACCAAGGAAUAGUUCACACACCCAUAGAUCAGUGUGAACCUGUCUCUGCACAACGGUCUCCUUCACAGAGCUGCGUCUACCAUCUGCAGAAAAUGAACCUGAGCUCCUCUGAUGCUGGAACCUACUACUGUGCGGUGUCCUCCUGUGGAGAGAUACUGUUUGGUAGUGGGAGCGAGCUGCUCAUCAAGGAUGGCAUUAAAGAGCAAGUGGAUGAAAUAAGAAUUUUGGUCUGGCUCUCUAUCAUUAGAGCCGGGAUUCUCUUGUUCUUUCUACCCACUUGUUUAUUUGUAUUUGUCAGAAAAAAACUCUUAAUUCAAAAUUUGGCCGUCAGCAAAACUUAA